UAUCAUUAACAUUUCUCUUUUUUUCCUCUUAGCUUUCAAAGCAGAUGGGGAGUGUGGUAAAAGGAUUAGACUCUGUAUUAGCAACAAUGGACUUGGAAAAGAUCUCAUCAACAAUGGACAAAUUCGAAUCCCUCUUCUCCGACCUUGACACCCACACAGAGGUAAUGGAUUCCACAAUGGCCUCAGCAAUGACACUGAGCACUCCAGAGGAUCAAGUGGAGGGACUAAUGAAACAGGUAGCGGAGGAGAAUGGGCUUGAGGUGUUGGACAAGCUAGCAACUGCUACCCCAGGAACUGAUACUGUUAGCACACUCACCAACGAAGAGGAGGACAAACUAUCGAGAAGAUUGGCUCAGCUUAGAGACCCAGCCUAACCUAUUGUACACACUCACAAUCAUAAUAAUUAUUAUAAAUAGAGCAAUUUUCUUUUUUAAAUCUUUGUCAUGAGUUUACAGUGAACAGUAUAAUUAUUUGGUAGACGAGAAAAAGAUUCUUUAUUAUAAUAAUUUUUGUCUUUUUUUGUUGUUGUAAUGCAAUUUUUAUUAUUAUUAUAAUGGUAAAUUAAUUCAUAUUUGAA